AACAAAGUUCCUUGUCUUCCCAGUUGCCUGGACAGACUUUAAUGUAGGUAUUCUGGCAACUUACUGCUUCCCGAGUAAUUGUGUGGCAAAUACUUUUCCCCGAGUUUAUUUUGACAACACACCUUCGGGUAAAUAAUUUCUUCGUAAAACUCUUUUUAUUUCAUCUUCGGGCUGUUUUUGACGUCGCAAGGUCGCAUGAUUAAGUGAUUGAAUCUAAACUGCAUUUGAAUAAUUGCUUGCAGGAGUUUUCCCAGUUUUCCCUUUCGAAAGGAGUCAAAUUCUAAUCUAACUUUGUAAUUCUGAUUACACCAUAAUUAGUGUCACAUCUAAAACUACUGAAAAUAUCAUAAAUCAGCUCAAAUCAACCGUAUCUUCUAAAUACUUAUCAAAUUUACGACUAUAAAUUUUGUUUUCGACGUUUUUCUCAUUCAUUUGAUAAUUACCAUUUUGCAAUAAUUGUUUCCUCGGGAAAAUCUUGCAAAAACAAAAAACAGCUUUCUGCCAACAAAUUGGGAGUUCCUGUCAUUAUUUAUUACAUUCUGCUAUUUAGGAUUUACUUUGAUUUUUCGGUUUACUUGUUAAUAUAAUUAGCUGCGCCCAGAAAUCGGACACUUCGCCUAAUAAAAAUCAUCGUGGGACAUUUCGAUUCAGCUGCAGCCUUGACGUUUGUUCUCACCACUCUCCUACUCAAAGAAGGAAGUAAAAAAAAUCGGAAGCGAAGUCACUGAAAAUCACAACAUGCCAAAGGUGCGAAAAAACUCUAAUAAUUAUGGAAUUGUGGGCCAUACAAUAAAACAGUAUGGAUCUCCGAUUAAGAUUUCAGACAACAGCGCUGCGCAAACAGUUCACCCGCCUACAAAUUUACGAACUGUUGUUCUCAUCAUAUGCACUGUAUUUUACCUAUUCGCGGGCGCGGCCGUUUUUGAUUUCCUCGAAUCCAAUCAAGAAGAGCAAGACAGAGAAGUUAUUUUUAAUCAGAGGAAACUUCUGGAAGCGAGAGUGAAGGAAAAACACCCUGAAAUGACGCCUCAUGAUUUCAAGGAGUUGGAAGAUAUCUACGUCAAAUUGAUCCCCCAUAGAGCGGGCUAUCAAUGGAGGUUUGCGGGCUCUCUUUUCUUCGCCAUAACCGUCAUCACCACUAUUGGUUAUGGCCACUCGACUCCAUGGACCAUUCCUGGAAAACUGUUCUGUAUGGCCUACGCUUUUGUCGGCAUCCCCCUAUCUCUAAUAGUGUACCAAGCAGUCGGCGACAGACUCAACUACAUCAUCAAAAUAUCCACCAAUCACAUUCGGCGAAAACUAUUCGGUUCACACUGCCUAAAAGGAGACAAAGAGCACGAAGCCGAAUUGCAUAUAGUGACUGCUUGCAACUGGGGACUGGUAGGAUUAGUCAUGUUCGGCGGCGCGGGCAUCUUCAAGUACUACGAAGGUUGGAGUUAUUUCGACUCCUUUUACUAUUGCUUCGUAACUUUAUCUACAAUAGGAUUCGGCGACUUUGUCGUUCUACAAAAAGGAAGAGCCAUCGAACAAGACCCUUUUUAUAUCAUGUUAUGUAUUAUGUACAUUAUGGUGGCACUUUGUGUAGUCGCCUCCGCUCUUAAUCUUCUCGUGUUGAAGUAUUUGACGAUGAAUACGAAAUACGAGCGACAAGCGGCUGAGGCGAACUUUACAAACAGUUACACCGCGUUCGAACCUAGCCAGGAACCGACCAAUUUCCGCUCGCGGAGUGUUGCACAUAUAAAUGGAUUGGUCUAAUCACGUGACCUUCACGUUUAUUUCAAAAUGUAAUUCUGACAAAAAUCGCUUAAUUUUAAAAUAUACUUAAUUAUUUGUAAAAAAAAAUUUAGUUUUUUUUGUGUUUGCCU